AUGACGCAACUGCAUUACUACGUAUCAUAUUCAUUUCUGGCGAACGGCAGCGGCGGCGGCCGUGGCCUGUUCUGCUACCACUGCCCGCCGAGCCUGCCGCCACACCAGCACCGCCUGCCCACGCUAGAGUAUCCAUUCUCCGCUUCACACCCUUACACAAGCUAUUCGUACCACCCAGCAAUCCACGAUGAUACGUUCGUACGGCGUAAGCAACGCAGGAAUAGGACAACAUUCACAUUACAACAGCUGGAAGAGUUGGAGACAGCAUUCGCGCAGACACAUUACCCUGACGUCUUCACUCGGGAGGAUCUGGCACUCAAGAUUAAUCUUACUGAAGCACGUGUACAACGCGUCGCAUCUAAUAUAAAUAUCGUCGUGAAAACUAUGACGUCGUAA